AUGAGGUUUCACAGACGAUGUGGUGACAGAGUCACCCUACUCCAUGACAAUACAACUGCUGUAAGGAAUUUUGUAGAAUUUAAUCAUGGUCUCAUUCUAAGUGCAGAACCCAUUUUAGAUGAUGUUUUGUUUGAAGUUUGCAUCGAUAGAAAGGUUAAUGUUUGGAAUGGAAGUCUCGAGAUUGGAGUUACCACCUUGGACCCUGAGUUUAUGGAACUACCUGCUACUGCUACUAAACUUCGCAAUACCGCAUGGAUUAUGUCCGGAAGCUCAAUCGUCAAAGAUGGCAUAACUUUGGUAAAUUCAUAUGGUCCAGAAUUGGACACACUUAGAGAAGGAGAUACUCUUGGUGUUAUGAGAUCUAAUAAGGGGGAGCUGUUUUUUUAUAUAAAUGGUAGAUGCUUAGGUGUGGCUGCUUGUGAUCUACCCCCAAGAUUGUUUGCUGUCAUUGAUUUGUAUGGACAGUGUGUGCAAGUAUCAAUAAUACACACAACUGGUAUGAGAACAAUAAUGGAGAGUAGUAUGGAUCAGAUUGAGGAAGAUCCAAAUAAUGAUGAUACAUUAACACCUACUGAAGAAGUCAGUGCUGUACCAGAAUCAUCAGCAUCCAAGGAGCAACAGGAGGUCUAUAUAUCAAUGCCUGAUUCAUCAUCCACUUUAGCUUCUCAUGAUCGUCUACGUUUUCAUCCUAGAUGUGGAAUACUAGUCAAACUUUCUUCCAAUAACAAGACUGCUGAGAGAGCUCGACCAUUAGACGAUUACAACAACGGCGUUGUUAUGACACACAGACCGCUAUACGACAACGAGCUUUUUGAAAUACGUAUAGACAGACUGGUGGACAAGUGGAGUGGCAGUAUAGAGGUCGGCGUGACAACCCACAACCCGGCAACCAUUCGCUUCCCAUCAACUAUGACGAACAUCGACACUGGUACCAUCAUGAUGUCGGGUUGCAAGGUGUUGCUCAAUGGACAUGGAACGUGUAUGGAAUAUGGAAACUUCAAUCUUGAUGAACUUCGGGAAGGUGACACAGUGGGUAUGCUGAGGAAGUCCACAGGCAAACUGCACUACUUCAUUAAUGGUGUAGACCAAGGUGUAGCGACCGACAAAGUGGAACAGCAAGUAUGGGGCGUCGUUGACUUGUAUGGCAUGACCGUCAAGGUAUCUAUAGUGGAUCCUUGUGAGGAUAUCGAUAGUAACAUCAACAACAUGCCCACUGUAUCGACUGUACCCGAUCUUCCUGCUCCUAGUAGAUUCAGACCGAGGAUAGAUGAAGAUAGCCUUUUAUUUCAUACGCUGCGUGAUUCGUAUGUUAUUAUUAUUAACGAUGGUAAGACUGCUCAUAGGCCUAAUGCUUUCGAAUACUUCAACAACGGCGUAGUGAUGACGAACAGAUCGCUACGUACCAACGAGUUGUUCCAAGUGCGACUCGAUCUGGUAGUGCCCAAAUGGGCUGGAAGCAUUGAGAUAGGAGUCACGCAGCACACUUCCAAUGAUAUUAAAAUUCCAUUUAAAAUGAGCAAUGCCAAAUCAGGCACUUGGGUCAUGUCCGGUGAAGACGUUAUACAGGACGCGAUGAUUAUUAUACCAAAAUAUGUCAGAAAUCUGAAUAGAUUAGUGGAAGGGGACACUGUAGGUGUUAUGCGAAAAGAUAUGGGCAUUCUACAUUUUUUUGUGAAUGGAGUCGAUCAAGGACCCGCUGCUUUUAAUAUUCCAGAACAUGUUUUUGGGAUCAUUGAUUUAUACGGUCGUGUAGCUCAGGCUACAAUAGUGGACUGUUAUUCACCACCGACGACCUACUCUCCCGACUCUCCUAUUUCAACGGAAUCCAAUGCUACAAUUUAUCCUGAGAUGUGUUUCCAUCGUGUGCACGGUCGCAAUGCUCGUCUAAGUCGUAGUCGGCUGACCGCAUCCAGGGCGGCGGUGUAUUCGGAGUUCAACGACGCGGUGCUGUUCAGUUCUCGGCCGCUGAGAGAGUGCGACAUGUUCGAACUCAGGAUCGACUCGAUGGUGGACUGCUGGAUCGGCAGUUUGGAGAUAGGCGUAACAGCAAUCCGGCCGGACGAUCUAGAAGCAAAUGGUUUAGCUGGUACAGCGACAGAUCUUAACUGGGAUACGUAUAUACUGAGCGGUGCUGCUAUGAUGAAGGACGGGGAGUGUGUUCGUAGCGGAUAUCCUCUUGAUUUGGAUACAUUGACUGUAGGUAGUAGAGUUGGUAUGAUGUGGCAUGCGGACCGCAGUCUGCACUACUACUUGGACGGUAUGGACAUGGGCAAGGCUUGGUACGUGCCACAUCUCAAUAUAUACGCCGUGGUAGAUCUGUAUGGCCAAUGUACUCAGGUGACUAUUCUACAAAAUGAAGAAAGAGCGUUCAAUUAUAACGGCUGUACAAAUUCUGACAAUUCAAUAUUGAGCAACUCAAGAGCAAUAACUUCACCGCCUCCUCCUUACUGGAGCUUCUCUGAAUACUACGGUGACAAUAUCUGCAUGUUGAAUGAUUUCUCAAUCGCGUGGCGUCACUUGCCUGAUCCCAUGGCGGCGAUAGUGUUCAGCUCCGCACAUCUGGCUAUUGGCGAGAUGUUUGAGAUAAAAAUCGUGGAGUGCAAGUACGGCUUCGCUGGCAGCUUCCGUAUGGGUGUAACUGAUAUCAACAUAUUGAACGCUCACGUCAACAGCAGUCUACCGCCAUCUGUCGCAUGUUUACCACACUACACGGCCUAUAUCGAUGGCAGGUAUAUAAGAUAUUCGAGACCGGGUAGCCGUCAGCAAGAUCUGAAAGUGAUGGUGCCUUCGUUCGAAUGGCUAAGACCGGGGGAUCGUAUUGGACUCAAAAAGACCACUGACAAUAGAGUUCUCAUUUACUACAACUGUGAACUGUUAGAUGUGACUUUCGAGAAAGUCCCCGACAAAGUAUACGUGGUUAUGGAAAUCUACGGAUCGGUGUAUAAGAUACAAGCGGUGACGAGAGGGAAUCCUGUAGCUGUUCUACCUCAGACAAUCCCGAACGAUGUAUGCCAGAAACCAGAACCAGAGAAGUUAGAACAGACAUCGAAUUCAGAAUUAGAUAUGAAUAGUGCGGUGACCGUCGGACCGGUUGAGAGACGACGUAGAGCAGCACUACCAUACACCUUCCACUAUGUACACGGACGGAAUAUAAAGCUAUGUAGUUCAGAUACGGUUGCUAUGCGUGUAUCAGGCUACCAGGACGCUGUCGCCAUCGUCAGCCAGCCGCUGAGACGUGGUCAUAGAUUCAGGUUCCGUGUUGACAAGAUCGACUCCAGCUGGGACGGCAGCCUGGCCAUCGGUGGAGUGGCGUGUCUCCCGGACGGCGUGCCCGAGAGCGCUAUGAGGCUCGACCCGCCCGUCUGGCUACUCUCCAGUGAUUUACACUACGAUGGAAAUAAUCUUAUAACCCAUACAACGUCCGAGCUAGAAGAUAUAUGCGAACAGUCAGUGUUGACGCUCCACUUCCGUUUCAAUAGCGAGCUUGUGGUUGACAUCGACGGCGUAGUCUUAGGAGUGGUCGGCUCAGUACCUAGGACGCAUAGUCACGUCUACCCACUCAUAGAUUUAUAUGGAAAGGUUUGUCAGGUAUCUGUGCUUUUACACCCGUACACCGUGGUAUCUGGGACUUCCCUUGAUUUGCCUGUGAUAGCGGAAAAUCGUAGAGAAGAAGAAUCUUUGGCUGAAUUGAAUCUGGAAACCUCACAAGACGACAGCGUUCCUAUUAUUGAACGAGUGGAUUUACAACGUCGUCGAAAAACUAAAGCAUACAGCCAAGAUAACCUUGUCGAAGUAUUUGAUCCAAUUAACGUUGAGCCCGGGCCGUCUCACCCAAGACCUGUUCCCGACAAUGAAAUGAAAAAUAAAGAAAUUAAAAGUAUUACUCCUGUUCGUACCAUGCAUCACAGUCUUAUCCUCAAUCAUUCCAAUGACAGCAAGGAUUUGUCAUUUCGAACCGUACAGAGAAGUCAUUCUAGUCACGACUUUUGUCGCAUGUCUGAUUCAAUGGACGUUAGGGAUGCUCUCCGGCUUACAUUCAUCACAGGCUGCCAGGAUGACGAUCAUGAAUUACAUGACCAGUUCUGUGACACUAACAUAAGACACAAUGAUCGCUAUCCAGAAGCAAAUGAUGUUGAUAAUCUAGAUAAUGAAAUUAUGGAUGCAUUGACAUUGGAAACGGGCAACUUGCCAGAUUUAACCGAAGAGCAAUCAUCAUCGAUAGACGAAUCCACUCGCCGCGAUGAUCUAUAUUCGGAGCCAUUGUCUAUUGAGAAUUUAAACUAUUUGAAUCGUAUAUUAUGUUUGGAUCAGGACGGUUUCGAGGGUCAGAGUCUGGAGAGCGAAUGGGAAGCAUUUGGUGAGGGUUGUGAGCAUCUACAUUUAGUGUUGAAGUACUGGAAUUACCUCGUUUUACCUUAUCCGGAACUGCGUCAAGCGGUCUCUUGGGGUCAAGUCCGAUGUUAUUGCAGCAACUGCCAGCCUGAUGCCCAGCCUCCACUAGCUGGUUGGGUUCGUAUAGAGCGUAUAGACGGUGUUGGUGCGGCCACACGAGGCUGGUGGCACGUGACUCGAAGCACGCUCGGCGCGGCUCAAGCUCACCGCAAUGACGUCCACCCGGCUAAGAGACCGCGAGCACUCGCUCCAGCACCGACCAGCGGAUCACUUGGUGACAUAUGGCUGGAUGAAGAAGGGAAACCUCAUCAUACGAUAUUGGCUAUAGAAAUAGACAUCGAAGGAAAUGAAGCUGAGAAAGAUCGACUUUUAGCUUUCUUAAUCCACAUGAAGUCACAUGCAGUUUUCGUCGAUGAUAAUCCUUCUAGUAUAGAUGAGUAA